AUGGACUGGCUGUGGCGGCUGGAUGCCAACGGAGCGAUGCCUGUGGGAGAGAAGCGCAAAUUCUCGGCAAGGGAGGAUGUCUCGAGCGAUGCGGUGGCUCCUCAGGACGCCGAGCUGCCUGCGCAGCUGCGCCGGUGUCUCUUCUACGCCACGGUGGAUAAAUUCAGGAAGGAAUGCGUGGCGAAAAGGCCUAACCUACACCGCCACGUGCUGAUCUGCAACACCCUCCAUCAAAUCCGGGAAGAGAUGUGCCUGGAAAAGAGCCUCCUCCCUGGCCUGAAUCCCCCGGCCCUUACGCAUCCACCUCCUGUCCAGGCAGAAGUUACCCCCCAGUCUCUGGCCCGGGAGGUGACAUCCUGGUUCAAGGCGGCGAGCCAGCCUCCGAAAGGCCCGGGCGAUGCGGAGACAGCGGGGCUCAACUUUUCUGCAGCCUCUGCCGUCCCUGCCAUCCUGGAGCCUCUGGAGCCGGCACGGGAUCCCGGUGGCCCGCAGGACUCGCUUGCAGACCCCAGGCCUGCUGUGGAAGAAGCGGAGCUGGCGCGUGUCUUCGGAGACGGCUCGUCCCAGAGCCACCGGCAGCCAGACGCUGGAGAGAGCCACGGGCUGGCGACAACGGGCAGCCGCUGUGCGGCUGAGGAGCUUCACCGGGGUUCGCCGGGAGACGCCGCAGCAAACCUGAGCCUGGGAACUGCCUUGGGGGAAGCGUGGCCGCAGGCCGAGCUGCUGCUGGCCAGCGCUGAGUUUGCUAAACCUGCCGAUUCCUUCUUCGGGAGCUUUGAGAUCCUGGACUCCGGCUACCUCAGUGACCUGGCUGGGGACGAUCUGUUUUCCGACAUCGACACUUCGGGCUUUGAGAGCUUCGGGGCAGACGUGCCCAGCAGCCGGCAGCCCUCCCAGGCCAGCGGGGACCCGGCAGCGCCCUGCAACACGGCGGGGAGAGACUGGCAUGACCUCGACCACCUGAUGGAGAUAGUCGUGGGCUCCUAA